UUUAAACAGUACAGAAAAUUUCAGUCGGAGAAAUGGAAAAUGGAUUUUUUGUUAAUAUGUUUAACCAUUAUAAUAUUAAUAAAUUAUUGCUUCUGCUCAGCAGGUGACCGUUCCACAUAUUAUCAGAAAUGUCUUGAAAACUGUUCAAAACUAAAUUGUAGUGAAGGUGGUCAAAAUUUUAUAAAUAAUUUCCAGCAACCUUUAAUUUUAUAUAUUACCUGGUGGUCUUGCAUUGAUGAAUGUAAAUAUGACUGUAUGUGGAAAACAGUUGAGGGUUUCCAUGAACGAAAUUGGCAAACCCCACAAUUUUAUGGAAAAUGGCCAUUUAUAAGAUGUUUUGGACUUCAGGAACCAGCUUCAGUAUUAUUCUCAGUUUUAAACGGAUAUGCCCAUUUCAAGAUGAUAAAAAGAUUCCGAAAAGAUGUAAGACCUGAUAGCCCAUUUUACUGGCUCUGGCAUGCCUUUUGUAUUGUCUCUUUGCAUGCGUGGUUUUGGUCGGCUGUCUUCCAUGCCAGAGAUUUUCCACUUACUGAAUUAUUCGAUUAUGCUUGUGCAUUUUCUAUGGUUCUUAUGAGUUGCUAUGUGAUGUUGAUUCGAUUACUGAAAUACAAAAUUCCCCGAUUUGCUCUGCUUGCUAUAACUACUUUCUUCUUCACGUUUUUUGCAAAUUAUGUAAUGUAUCUUAGUAUGGGAAGAAUAGAUUAUGGAUAUAAUAUGGAAUUAAAUAUAUUAAUAGGAACAUUUACUGCAAUAUGUUGGUUUGGUUGGUGCACAUAUAAUCGUAUAAGACAACCAUAUGUCUGGAAAUGUGCAUUAUUCGUGGCAUUAACUGGAAUAGUUAUGUUACUGGAAGUAAUAGAUAAGCCCCCACUUUUUUAUGUAUUUGACAGCCAUUCCUUGUGGCAUUUAACUACAGCUCCACUGGUAAUUCUCCUUUACAGUUUUGCAAUCGACGAUUGUAAGUAUUUGAGGAAAAAAGAAGUUGAAAAUAUUGCAAACAAGAAGGAACCUUGAAAUAUAAGGAAAUGUAUCACAAAUAAGAAGACCAAAAACAAGUUUAAAAUAACUUGCCAUAAUAGAAAUUAAGGUAUUUCGUUCUAAAAAUAAUACUGUAUUUAUUAUUGUACUGAUAGUUGAUGAAAUUAUUUCUUUUUAUAUAACAUUAAUUUAUCAGCAUUGCUGGUACAAUUUACAAUAAUAGCUUAAUAUACAGUGUGACAGAA